AUGGCACAUCAUUCGCAGUGGUCCUGGGACGCCUGGGACCAGGGAUUGUGGAAUGCGGGAAGCCAGCAUUGGGGGCUUGCGCAGCAUUCUCAGCAGCAUGUUGCACCAAGUCGAGCACGGCUUGAUAGCGCAUACUGCAUGCUGGAUAAGGCUGGCCAUCCCGCAGCUUUUUCAGACAGUCGCAUCAGCCAGCAGAGCGGCAGUCAGUAUGAAGGCCUAGUUGCUAGCGUCAUCAAUGGCCAUAGCCGCAAACUCAAAGCUGUCACCUCUCAAGAGGCCGAUGAGCGAACACAAGUAGAAGCGCUCAAAAAAAGCGUUGCAGCUUUCCUGCGAGAACGUGUGUCAGACAACGCUGGGCAAAGAGUGCUAGCAAGAGGUUUCGGUGAAGAGGAAGCUGACGUUGACGCGGUGUUCCAUGGUAGCUUUGAAGAAUUGCUGAACAAGCUCAACCAGGUGACUGAAGCUAAAGUUCGUGCGACCUGCGCAGACACCACCUGUGUUCUGGUGGAAGCUUGUUCGGACAGUCGUCUUGUCGCGAUGAAACUUUUGCAGAUCGAGAUCCAAUGCCGCCUUGUUCAGCGUCAAGGGUUCUUGGUCCAUGAUGAACCGCGUGGCUUGAAAGCACAGCGCCUUUUUCCAGGAUCGACUGGCUAUGCGAUUGUGUUCAAUCGCGCGGCUCUGCAGAUAAACAUACAGAGCGUGCUGGACACACUGGGUCUUACCUGCGUGCAGGGGUUGCUGGAGAAUGGCAAGUUGCACAUUGCUUUUUUGCAAGCAGACCGUGCGUUGCCCGCAGCAUUGGAGAUUGCAAGCGAGGCAAGAGCAGAGGCAAGCGAGGCAAGAGCGAAGGUGGACAGAUUGGGGCAAAAACUUGCAG